AACUUGAUCCACACAUGGGUUUGGUAAACUUGUUGUUCGAGAGAGAGAAGCCACCAACAGUACCGGUCCAGAGUUCGGCAACCGAACCCUCUUUUGGUGUUUUCUUAUUUGGUCUCUUUUCGCCUUUAAUGUAACCAACUCACCAUCCUAAAUUAACACAUGUCAUGUCAUGUAUGCACCUUUUCUUAGUUUUCACAUUUUCAUACACGUUGACUUUUCCUAAUUUCUUUUCUUUGAAUGUGAAAAAAAAGGUGAAACACCACCUUUUUUUCUCCAAUAUUUCUUUUUUUUCCGUCAACAUUGUUGACUCAAUUCCACCACAUGGAGACCUCUGAAUGGACCCCUUCAAAAGACUGGCGUUACCUGUUCAAAUGUAACCAAACAUUUUCCAUUAGUAACUCUUUGUAAUUAAAACAUGUAGUAGCAUGUAACCGAUUUUCUUAGACAGAUUAUAAAGAUUGUCAAAUUUCUCCAUAAGGGGUGGUAGUGAAUUGAAUUCAUCUAAACCCCUUCUUCUACAUUGUCCUCCAAUCCAUCCUCAGAAAUGCAACUUUUCAAUCUGCCUAGCAAGGCACAAUAUUAUUCCACCAAUAGUUUCAAGAGUCUCAUUAUAAUAUCAUGUUUUGGUUGCAUGAUUUAUCUUGUUUGUUCCAAUUUCCUUGCUCCAAAUAACACCAAUAACAAGCAUUUCCAUACCUCAAUUGCAUUACAAAAUGAUGAUGGAAAUUCACCAACCCAAACAAAUCUUGAUCAUGUUGUUUUUGGGAUUGCAUCAAAUGAGCUAUCAUGGUCCAAAAGAAAAGAAUAUGUUAAGCUUUGGUGGAAGCCUAAUAAAAUGAGGGGUUGUGUGUUUCUUGAAAAAAUGCCACUUUUUUCAUCAAAUUACACAAAUAAUGAAACUGAUCUACCUCCAAUUUGCAUUUCUGAGGAUACUUCUCAUUUCAAAUAUACACAUAAAGGUGGGACCUCUUCAGCUAUACGUGUGGCACGUGUCGUUUCGGAGACGGUGGCACUUAAUCAUUCUAAUGUCAGAUGGUUUGUGUUUGGUGAUGAUGAUACAAUUUUCUUCCCAGAAAAUUUGGUGAAGACACUUUCUAAAUAUGAUCAUGGCUUUUGGUACUACAUUGGGACAAAUUCAGAAAGUUUUAUGCAGAACAAGUUUUUUUCCUACGAAAUGGCUUUUGGUGGAGCUGGUUUUGCUAUAAGUUAUCCAUUGGCAAAAGUUCUGGCUAAAGUAUUUGAUUCUUGCAUAGAAAGAUACCCUCAUUUAUAUGGAAGUGAUGGUAGAAUUCAUGUCUGUUUGACAGAGCUUGGUGUUGGUUUAACUCGAGAGCCCGGGUUUCAUCAGAUGGAUUUUCAUGGCAAUGUGUUUGGAAUGUUGGCUGCACAUCCCCUUAGGCCAUUGGUAUCUAUGCAUCAUAUAGAGAAAAUUGAUCCUAUAUUCCCAAAUAUGACAACAGGGAAGGCUCUGGAGCAUUUGUACAAUGCAGCAAGCUUUGAUCCACAUCGGAUUUUGCAGCAAACAGUUUGCUAUGAUCGUUGGUUUUCUUGGACAGUGUCAGUGUCUUGGGGAUAUGCUGUUCAAGUGUUUAAUAAGAAUGUGCUUUUCCCAAAUGUUCAGCGCGUGCAAGAGAGCUACGCUCCCUGGAAAAGUAGUCAUUUGGGUGGAUUAUACGACUUAGAUACGAAGAAAUAUGCAUUUGAUCCAUGCCAAAGGCAGCUUGUCUAUUUCUUGGACAGUGUGUCUUCCGGCAUCAAUGGAACAGAGACUGUUUACACGAAAAAGACAUCUGAUAAAUGCAAAUUUGAUAUGAGUUCACCUAGAAGACUCGAAAAAAUCAGAGUGUUAUCAAACAAAUUAGUCCUUGACAAGAAACAGUUGCUAGCUCCAAGAAGGCAUUGCUGUGACGUGUUGUUACCUUCUGCAUCGGGCAACAUCAUGGAAAUAGGGAUAAGAGAAUGCAAGGAAGAUGAACUAAUUAACAUGGAGCAAUAGCACAACAUAUUCUUAAUUGACAUUCAGCAAGCAUAGGUACCACCAUUUGAUGGUUUCCCCAGUUGCCUGAUCUGAUCAGGCAAUCUCCAUCCCCAUGGAAUUUUGAAUCUGAAGAAGCCAUUAAUUGAAAAGAUUUGAGUAGCUAACAAGAUAUCAGCAGUUUUUUCGUGGCCGAAUCGUAUGUUUUCUGAACAUUUAAGAUCAAUGAUCAAAGAAGGUUCAGAGGCAGACAUAAUUGGGGAAGCUUUAGUUUUGUACAUGUAUUUACUUGGACUAGAUGUAUACUUCAGGAAGCUAGGCACUUCAAUGAAUCGGCAAACAUAUGAAGAAAACUUUGUAAUUUUGAGUUAACCAGGAAGAAAAAAGUCUCUAUUUCGGACUGAAACUUGUUCCAGAUUUUCUUUUUUGUUGUCUUUUAUGAUGAGUGCUAAAGGAAAUUUGACCUUUCUUUUGCAUGCCAUACACUCAUUUAGUAGGAAAUGAAGCAAUAAUCUGAUACUUAUGAUGGACUUUCUUAAGCU